AUACAAAAAAAUUUAUUGAGUUUUAUCUAUUCUCCUUGAAUUUUCUCUACUCUCUUUUCUUCUCAUUUUAUAACAAUAUUAUAAUUUUUUUUAGGGAAAUAGCUAACCCUUGUCUAACAUGUCCUUUCUAUAUGUAAACUGAGCCGUUAGCGAACAGUGCCAAGUUGUCUUCUGGGUUUCGUCGGAGAUUUCCACUUCUUGGUUUUUCAUAUAAAAUGGGACCCAUCGAGGCCCGUAUGUCAGAUUUCCUCGGUGAACACGGCGGGGUUGCGGUGAUCGACGGCGGCCUUGCGACGGAGUUGGAACGCCACGGCGCCGACCUCAAUGACCCUCUAUGGAGUGCCAAAUGCCUACUCACUUCUCCUCAUCUCAUCCGUACCGUACACCUUGAUUAUCUUGAAGCUGGUGCAGAUAUAAUAAUCACAGCAUCUUAUCAGGCAACAAUCCAGGGGUUUGAGGUUAAAGGCUUUUCUCAAGAUGAGAGUGAGAACUUGCUCAGAAAAUGUGUUGAAAUUGCACGUGAGGCUCGAGAUAUAUACUACAGUAGGAGUUGUGAAUCUGCUUCUGACUAUACUGGUGACGGUAGAAUUCUCAAGCAUCGGUCCAUCAUGGUUGCAGCAUCCGUGGGGAGUUACGGGGCUUAUCUAGCUGAUGGUUCUGAAUAUAGUGGUUGCUAUGGAGAUGCUAUGGAUAUGGAGUUUUUGAAGACCUUUCAUCGAAGAAGAGUUAAGGUUCUUGCGGACUCUGGUCCUGAUCUUAUAGCUUUUGAAACAGUACCAAACAAGUUGGAAGCUCAGGCUUUUGUUCAGCUUCUGGAGGAAGAAGACAUUAAUAUUCCUGCAUGGUUGUCCUUCAACUCUAAGGAUGGUGUUAAUGUGGUUAGCGGCGAUUCUUUGUCUGAGUGUGUAGCCAUUGCUGAAUCGUGCAAGAAAAUUGUUGCUGUAGGAAUUAACUGUACCCCCCCUAGAUUUAUUCGAGACCUGAUUUUGUCCAUCAAGAAGGUAACGGACAAACCAAUACUUAUUUACCCAAAUAGUGGAGAGAGUUAUGAUGCUGAUCGGAAGGAGUGGGUGCAAAACACCGGGGUUUCAGACCAAGAUUUCGUGUCUUGUGUGAACAAAUGGUGUGAAGUAGGAGCGUCCCUUGUUGGUGGUUGCUGCAGAACAACUCCCAAUACUAUCAGAGCAAUUUACAGGACCCUCCGCAGUAGAUCUUCUGCCCUUCCUUGAUGGUCGAUAGAGUCGACCAGUUGCAUGUUUCAAUACAAAUAAUUGGGAAGGACUACACAAUAAACCGAACAAGAUUUAUCUUUUCUUUUUAUUUAAAUAUUGUCCAAGUUAUCCAAUCCUUGCUAUCAAAUAUGUAGUUCAGAUGUUCCAAAACUCUUAAAAGAGUUUGUCGUGUAGGGGAAAUGGCUCUAGUGAAGCAAAUUGUAUCGAGUUCACGAGCCUAGGACUUGCAAGUUUUGUUAUGAAAUGACGUUUUUUAUGUUAAAAGUUACGUUUGUCCUAAAUCAAUGCUUAUUUUUCCACAAA